AUGACGUCGCUGCUGAGAAGAAACAAGACCAAUACCAGUACGAGUACAACGAAAAGUCCAACGCCGUAUCCUCAAAAGCGAGACGACAUACCUUUGGAAAUCAUCAGCGAUGAAGGUUCGGUAGAGGACAAACCCAUGGACGAACGCAUUGAAGAUCGUCGUACCGAAAUGAUGCUCUGCAAUGUAACAGAAGACAUUGGCGCUAACCUGGCUGAGAACAAUCUCUGCGAUUAUACCAUGACCACUGUCGGACAAAUAUGUGGCAUGACUCCUAAAAGUAAGGAGGAAAAGCCCACGGGUCCUCGCAGCAUUCCGGACGCUGCCUUUAGAACGGGAGCGGACGAACACACGUCCAUUGAAGUGGAAUAUGUGGAACCUCGUCUAAGAAAACCCAUUUCCAAAAAGGUGGCGCAAGAAACUGCUCCACCACUAUCCGAAGACACUACCAAGAGGAAGUUGCUACUCCAAAACUUGAACGACAAAGCUCGAGAAGACUACAAGAAGGAAGUCCGAACCUCACCUCAAGAGUUCCCGGACGACGAGUAUGCCCAAAAUACUAUCUACAACUCGUUCUCUCAACCAGAAAAGCGCAAGUUCAUCAAGCUCAUUUCGCUCAAUGUCACUCCUACCGACGCUGCCAAUCAAGUCUUGCGCGAGCGACGAGAAGGUCUCGAAGCAUCUCAAGAACAAGCCAAGUCUCCUUCCAAAAAGAAGGGUCUCGCAAAAUUCUUUUCCAAAAAGAAGGUGACCGACGAGCCGGAAGAAGAACCAGAAAUUGAAAAGCCGGAAUUUUCCAAUUCGGGCAUCAACUAUUACGAUGCAGUCCGCAAGGUGGACGCAGAAGGCUACAAGGAACCAGUCGAAGAAGAUCCUGCAGCGGACGCCAAGAAAACCAAGAAGAAGAAAUCGAUUCUUCCGUCGUUCAAAAAGAAGCGAUUUGUCAAAGUCUCGGGUGUGGAGCCCAAGAACGCCAAGUCAACUCCUGCUGCUCCUGCUGCCAGUGACAAUAACAAUCGUGCUCUGGCGGCUGGAGCUGCCGUGGCGGGUGCUGCCGCGGUGGGAGCGGCUGCCGUGGCCUCGGGCAGCAACGAUGAGGAGGAAGAUUCGGAAGAAAACCCUGAAGACGAAAACUGGAUGCCACCACCACCUCCUCCAGGCGCUACUUCCAGAGGAGUCAUGACGGAAGAAGAAGUCCUUCGGGAUUUGGCCAUGGCGGAUACGGGAGACAUUCGCGAAGAAAAGAAACUCGAAGAUGACAUGGCAGCACAAUUGCUCGGCCCCAUGUCUGCUAACCAAGCCAACAAGACUCAAAUCAAUGAUGAGAAUCAAGAACUGGACGACAUUGAUACCUACCUCAAGUCGACUGAAUCAAGCUAUGGAGGUGUCAGUUUGAAUCCUGGCAAUGUGCCCGAUCACAUGACGGUUGGUAGUUACAAGACUGCGGCUACCAAUGCCACAACUUCGACUCGUGCCAGACGACCAGGUCAAGCCCAAAAGCGCAUGCAGCAACAAAAGGCUGCUGAAAUCCAACGCACAAGAUCAGGCAAUCAAGUUCGUGGUUGGCAAGAAACGAUGCAAAAGGCAGCUGCCGAAAACAAUCGUACUUGGGAUCCGCAACGAGGAUGGGUGGAUUAUGGUGAUCCAAAUGCUCCUCCUAUUCCACACUAUACUACCGCGGAUGAGCUAUCAACACCGCCACCAGCAGCAGCAGCAGCAGCAGCAGCACAAGUGGACCACCGUGGUCGUGGAAUGGCGGCUCCUACCGGUCAAGAUCCACAAGGAUGGGCUGAGACCAUGAAGGCGGCCAGCGCUCGAUUGCUUCAAGCAGGAAAGCGCUGGGAUCCGGAUCUCGGCUGGGUCAGUACUGGAAGUCCCGAUGGCAAGGCAGUUCCACGUCAAGACGAUGGUAAUGUCAAUACCCAAGAUGCGUCAGAUACUGCUGACUUUGGUGGUACUGGACUCUUGGAGGGAGAAGGGCAAGACGAAAAGUUGAUGAUUUACGAAGACGAGAAUUCAGAAUCGGAAUCUAACAAGAUGAGGGCUCCUUCUCCUCUGGUGCAAGUCAAGAAGGAAAAGGUGGACGACGAGGAUGCGGAAUAUUUUAAGUCACCGCGUGGUGGUGGUCCAGUGGACCUGGACGAUGAAGUGGAAGACGACAAACAAGAACAAGCUCCAAAGUCCACCAAGGGAAUCCCAAAAUUGAAAGGACCCAAACGAGAUACGUCGCCUGUCCGAGGACGACGCAGUGCGGGUAAUACUCCUGAGGGGAAUGAAGAAGAUAAUCGCAAGUCUUCGGAAUGGAAGACCUUUUUGGCUAGAAAGCAAGCGGCGGAAGCAGACCGCCAAGAUCAAGACAAGCAAUCGGAAGUAGCAUCGGAAGCCAGCACGGCAGCUAUGCAAGGACCAAAUACUUUUAUGGGGAGGCUGCAAGCGUGUGCGGCCCCAAUCCUCCCUACCAAUAGGGCAAUGAACGGGACCUCCCCGCAGAGUGGUUCGCGACUAGCCGCCCUCUGCGGUCGACCCGAUAUGAUUCAUGAGGAAAUUGAUGGAGAAUCCAUUACCACCGAGAACACUCCCAAGGAAGUUCGAGAUCGAUCGAGGUCGAGGACGCGCUCGAGCAAGAGCGACGUGAGUAGCGUCAUUUCCGAUGAAAUGAGUGGUUCGAAGGCUGCGUUUUUGGAAUCCAUGGCCAUGAAAGCAGUGGUUUCGAGCAAGGGUAAGAGAAGGUCUCCUGGUUCGGAUGCUGGAAGUUCUGCUUCGUAUGGUCAACGAAGUUCUGCUUCGUAUGGUCAACGGAGUUCUUUGGGCGCUUCUCCAAGUUCAACUGCUGGAAGUGCGUCAUCCACCAAGUGGCAACAGUUCUUGGAAAAGAAGAAGGCUGAGAAUGGUGGUGGAAGUGUGGUAGGUGCCAGAUCACAAGCCAGUACUUCCAUUUCACGAGCUGCCGAAAAGUAUGCCGCCAAGAAGGCGGAAGAGAUGAUGGAAACCCAAAACUCGACUCCUACUGGUGGUUCUUCCUUCAAGCCCCGUCCGAUGGAAGAAUCUACUGGUGCCUUCCCCAAGCCAGCUCGAAUUGUCACUUCUCCAGAAACCCCAAGCAGCGAGCGUCCGCAAAUGCUUCCGUUUGAUACACCCAAGAGUUCUUCCCAAAUUGCAGCCGAAGAAGCCAGAGCGGCCCGACUGUCCGUAACGACUUCGACUCCCACGAGAUCACGAGCUCAUUUGCCUUUUGAGCCGCAAAAGAGCGAAGCGCAAAAGGCUAUCGAAGAAGCCAAGGCAAAGCGAAUGAAUUCCUUGAGGGCCAGUUUGAGUUCACCACGAGACUAG